GACAGGCUGAGUAUGGUGGGGCACAUGCUUCCUGUUGCUGUGCAGGAGCGAAGCAAGGAAUGAAAAGCAGCUUACCCGGGCUUCGCUGCGGCAGCGGUCGCGGGCUUGGCCGCGGCCGCGGCUCCUGCCGGCUUGCUGCCGCCCCAGGCAUCGUCUGCGCUCGGAAGAUCGCAGCCACAGGCAGGAGAGCGGCCGCGCUGCUGCGGUGCUCGCCUCGCGCGCACAUGGACUAUGGUGCUGCUGGCAGCUCUGGGUCAGCCCAUGGCUUGACGCUGGGGCGGGGGCCCGGUGUCGCUGACGACGCGCCAGGCGCGCUGCAGCAGCCCGCGACCGCGCCUGCUAGCACGGCCGCGGCUACGACCGGGGCCCAGGCGCAGCUGCCGUGGAGCUACUGGCACACCUUUAGCGGCGAGGCCGGCCAGGACGGCUCGGCGCAGCUGGGUCAGCCGAUUACGUGGCAGCCGGCGCCGACCCACAUCGCGGCCGCGGCAGCUCGGCGGCAGCAGCCCGCGGCCGGGGGUCGCCUGAGACACCACUCGGAGCAACUACCAGCAGCUGCCGGUCCAGCUUCUGGCAGCUUGCGCAGCGGCGAGAUUGGCGAUGUGGGUCGGCCGCCACCAGGCCCUUCGCGGCCGACCGGCGCAGUCUCGGGACCCUCGGCGCCGGCGCAGGCGCAGGCGCAGCAGCUUGUGCAAUCGCCAAUGCUGUGCGGGGAACAGCUGCUGUGGCCGGGGGAGCCUCAACCAGGAUCCAUCUCCGCUGCUACACAUGCUGCUGCCGCCGCCACCGCUACCUCAGCAGGCGCGCCUUCAGACGACCCAGUGGCGGCACCGGCCGCGCAUGCCGGCGGACCGGUCUUGACAGCGGCUGGCGUGGAUCUGAGUGGGUCCUUCGCCUUCGCUUCACCAUCCGCGAGUGGCGCGCCAAAUGGGAACGGCACCAGCAGGCGAGGGCGUGUCACUGCCCCCAGCGCCGACAGUGGCGCCGCCAGCAAAUUGCUGCGUCGCCUCAGCAGAACGCCACAGCCCCUGGAGGAGCCAGAGAGCGCUCUUGGUGAUGCCGCAAACCUUGGCAGCGGCAACGUCCUCCCACCCUCUACCUCAUCAGCCGCCGGUGCUGCCGCGGCGGCGGCGGUGGUAGCUGCGGCAGCGGCGGCGGUUCUUCAACAGCAUCAGCCGCAGCAAGGGGGCGCUACCGCGGCGCCGGCGCAGCAACAACAGCCUCAGCGCACCUCGCUGCGAGUGCGGCGGAGCAAGGCCGUGGCUGAGGCGCAGCAGUUGGCUGCCGCUGCCAUGCCGCCGCCCGCGCCUAAGGCUGCAACAGCCAGAAGCAGCAAGAAGGGCAACCGCUCUAGCGCCACGCCCCCGGCGUCCGAAACGUCUGGUGGUGCGCUAACGGCCACCGGCCGUGCACCGUCGCCCAGCGUGGCAGCGUGUGUUGGGGCCAGCGGUAGCCACAGCGUUGGGGCCGACACAUCAGCCCCCACUGCAGCCGGCAGCGGCGCACUGCCCGGCGCUGCGGGCGGCAACUGGCUGCCUCAGGACGGCCCGCUGGCGGGUCUCAUUAACCUGCGCAGCCCACCCGGCGUAGCCCGGCUGACCGGGCACAGCAUCAAGUGCGUGCUAGGUGGGGAUACCGCCGCCUCAGCCUCGGCCUCCGCCACGCAAGAAGCCAUGGCGUCCGGCCCUCCGCCGGCCCAGCCUGGCUUUUCCUUCCUUCCUUUCGGAGGCGCUGCAACCGCUGCCCCCGCCCGGGUUGCAGCGGGACAGGGCACGGCCUCGGCGGUCGUGGCGCGCGGGGAGGGCAGCGCCGCCGCGGGCACACCCAUCCCGCGUUCAACCGCUGCCGCCGCGGAUACAAAUGCUGGUACCGGGACUGGACCUGCGGGCUACGGCUAUGCUGGCGGCAGCAAUGUCGUUACAAGCGCAUGGCUGCAGCGGAGCUACAGCGAGGCAUUGCAGCCCGGCGAGCCGUGUGCAGCAAACCGCCCGGUGAGCGGCAACACCCCAGACCCCUUCCUGGCACAUCCCCACGAACCGCCCCAAGGCCUGAGCCCAGCGGCUGGCGCGGGCGGGGUCGCCUACCUUCCGGUCAUCUACCACGCCGGCUUUCCGACGCAGCCGCAGCACCAGCCCCAACAGCCGCAGCAGCAGCACCAAUGCCAGCAGCCGCGACAGCAGCACCAGCAGGCGGCGCGGCAGCCGUCGCCGGAGGUGCGGCAACAGCCACAGCAGCAUAUGCAGCACCUUGAGGAGCACCAGCCCACCGUUCAGCAUGGCCCCUACCCACCCACCACGCAGCAGCCCGCGCAGCUGCUCUUCUCGCAGCCCUCGCUGCCUUACCGGCACCCGGCGCAGCAAGGCGUGUACGCCCUUAGCCAGCAGCCACAGUACCCACAGCACGCGCCCGAGUACUGCCAGUACGUGUACGCGGGCCAAGCCCCGCCUCCGCAGCCCUACUACGCGCACGGUGGCGGCUAUGGCGGUGGAUACGGGGCGUACCCACAGCAGAUGUGGUAUUGCGCGGUGCCUGCAGCGGCGGGCAGUAACACGGGUGGUAGUGGGCAGCAAGCGGCCGUUGGCAGCAGCAGCAGCUACUACGCCGGCAGCUGGGCGAUGGAGGCGAGCGGGGCGGCGGCCGGCGGCCCCAGCGCCGCCUCCUCCCUUUAUGAGCAGUUCAGCGGUCCGCUGGGCGCACAGGGGCAGUCCACGGGGCCGGGUGGCGGACACGGCAGCUUCCGCCCGGCGGUUGGGUCACAGCCAACCGCGUCGCCGUUCCGCGUGGAGCUGUCGCAGCCUGCCAUCGCCGGGGCCCGAGCCGCAGCGGCCGACUAUGAUGCCCGCCAGCCGAGUCAAGCCCCCGGUUAUGGAGCCGACACGACGGCUGCCGCGCUGUACGCUCGCAGCCACCACCAUAACUAUGCGCAGCACCAGGAGCGCUAUCCACCGCAGCCGCACUACCCACAGCAGCAGCCGACGGGGCAUCAGCAGCAGCUGGUGUGGCACGAACCAUCGGCCCAGCAACAGGGACCGGCGGCCAUGUACUCCCAGCAGCCACCAGUGCCUUGCGCGAUCGCCGCUGCGCCGCACCCAUACGAGCAGCAGCCCGGCACACAGGUCCCGUCACAGCCCGACCAGCACGGGCCGCCGCAGCGCGCGCCGUACAUGCUGGAACUGCCCGACCUGUGCCUGCUCAUGGAUAUCGGCUCGCCCGGCAGCUUUCGGCAGUUGCGCCGCAUCAGUGCCGAUGGGGGCGGCGGUGGCGCCGCCGCCGCCUCUGCAGCUACCGGCGCCACUCCUUCCGCCGCCGCUGCAAGCCCAGCUAGGCGUGGCGCGUCCGGUGCUGAUGCCGGACCCAUAUCGCCGCUUGCGCUGGCAGCGCUGCUAGACAGCCCCGCGGUGCUCAGCCGGCGCUCGAGCCUGGCCCUCAACCUCGGCCGCCAUGACGCGGCGGCCGCCGCCGCCACCCAGGGCUGGCUGUCUCCGCUUCCCGGCCUCAACCGCGGCGCUGCCAAGCCUCCGCCCGCAGCUGCAGCACCCGCAACUGGGGCGUCCGCUCGCGCGGCCGCUGCGGCUCGCGCCGGGGUUCCGCCCGAGGAGGCCGACGCGGGCUCUCACGAUGCCAGGUUGCCUCGGGGUGCGGCGUCAGCGGCCAAUGUCGCCGUUGGGAGCGAGGCAACCAUGCCGGCCCCAACGCAGCAGCGCCGCGGCCGUGUGCGUGUCCCGACUUCGUCCGCCGUAUCGCUAGGCGGCCCGCAGGCAGCGGCGGGGGUACCCACCGCGCAGCUGCUAGCUGGGCCGGAUACCGCUGCAGGAGCUGCUGCAGGAGAAGCGGCUGCACCGCAGCCUGCUGCCGCUGCUGUCGCCAACACUUCAGAGACAGCUAAUGCCAGUGGCGCCGCUGCUGCAGCUGCAGCCGCUUCCACUUCACCCCGCCCGCGCGCCCCGGUCGUGGUAACAGCAGUGCCAUUCGGCGCCAGCCCGCCGCGCGUGGCGGGUUCUGCAGCUGCGGAGGACCCUGAUGCUAUGAUGUCCUUGUUCGGCGGCCGCGAUGAUGACUACACCAUGUAUGGCAGUCCGGGCGGGCUCGGCGGCCUGGGCCUGGGCCUCGGCUUGACCUUGGGGCAGCAGUGGAGCCUGACGCCGCUGCGCUCGCCGUCGUCCCUGCUGGUGCCCAGCUGGCGGUCGGCUCUGCCGAGCGCUCUGGUCGGCCUCGCAGCCGACGGCGUCGCUGGCGUCAACAGCCGGAGUACAGAUGAAGGCUGCGAGCCGCUGCCGCAGGCGGCUGGGCGUGCGGCGCUGGGAGCAUCACCGCUACGGCAGCACCAGGUGUCGCAAACCCAGCGCGGCGCUGAUGGCCCCGUUGGCAGCGACGAGAGCCCUGGCGUGCUGCUCCUGCUGCGGCCCAACAGCGUAGGCACAGGAGGUGGCACAAGCAUGGGAGCCGCUGCAGCCACAACAGAUGCCCCUGGGGUCGUGGUAGCCCCUGCCGCGGCGGCUGCGUCCACGUUCACACAAGUGGCGGAGCCGGAGGCUUACCUGCUGCGGCCAGCCCGCGACGCAGAGGAUGCCCCAGUGGCGAUGGCGGUGCAGUUGGGCGAUGCUGUCGGUGCCAGCGGCAGGAGGGUUCAUGGGCAGCCCCCGCCCCCGCGCAAGGCCCUCCAUGUUAGCGCCGUCGCGGCUGAUGACCACGAGCAACGCAAGGACGAGGGCACAGCUGCGGCAACGGCAUCGGAGCAGCAGCCAGCGCCAGGUCAGGACGCCUCCGCAACGCAACCGAAACGGGCCAUGCUGCGGCGGCGUGGGCGCAUGCUGCAGUCAGAGAUUGAGCGUGCAGCGGUGGUGGCAGCGGCCGCGGGUGCCGCCGGCGCUGAGGCUGCUGCUGACAAGCAACUGAUUGCGGUCGCACCCCGCCGUGCAGCGGCGAUUGCGGCCGCUGCCGCCAUCGCACGGCAAGCGGCCGGGACUGACGAUAGGCAGCAGACGGCUUCGGCAUCGGCACCGGGCCCUGCCUCCCGCCGAGCAGCACCGCAGCCGUCCGCAUCGGAGGAGCGAACGGUGACGGUUGGUGCACCACCGUCGCACCAGACGGCACGUCAGGAUCAAGGAGCUAUCGAGUCUGCCCCAUCAUCGGCAGCAGCACAUGCAGCAUCCCAGGGCGCGCAGGACACCGCUUCCAGCCUAGCCGGGCACGGCAAGCGCCCCCGGUCAGCCUCGGCGCCAGCCAAGUCAGCUCUAGGGCAGCCGGCUCUGGUCGUCUGUAACGGCGUGGCUGCGGCGCUGAACGCUGUUGGCGAAAGAAAGCGACAGCCGUCCGGCUCCUACGGGAACCACGCGCGUCGACAACCAGUGACGCCACCGUCCCUCGCGGCGCCACCGUCAAAGCCCGUUGCUGCUGAUCGGACAGCUGUGCAGCUCAUAAGCAGUGCGCCAGAGGCAAAGGCCGGCGCUAGCAGGGCUGCAGGCACCAGCCGCAGCGUGCACGUGACCAGGGUGACCCCUGCGGCAUCUGAACCUCGCCUGACGCCCAAUCAGGGCCCGGAGCCUCGGCAGCCGUCGGCUGAAUUCGCAGAGCAGGAGCUGGCUCAGUCGGUUGUGCCGCCACCAGCCAAGCGCAUGCGCCUUGAGAGCAAGCCUGAAGCUACAGCUUCCAAAAGCACGGGGCAGGAAGCCAAGGCGCAAGCGGACGCCCCCAAUAACCCCGUGACCGACUCGGCGUCGGCUGCAGUGGCCGGGCCGUCACGGCGGCCGCCACGCCACCCUAACGCCCGUGUCCGCGCCCACACCUCCGCCGAGCCGAGCGGGCCACAGCCGUUGCCAUUGACAUCAACAGCGGAGAAGGCAGCGGCCGCCGUGCCGCAGGCCGUGGCGGCGUUGCAUCUGCCGGCAGCUUCGCAGCCGGCGGAGCAGCUGUCUGCGGCGGCAAAGCGUGGGGAAACAGCGACGCAACCAGCUGGACAGAGCGGCUUCCUGGGGGCUGCACCGAAGCUCACGGCAGCCGCUGCGGUCCAUGCGCCAUCAACGCAGCAGCUGCAGGUGCAUCAGACGGUGACACCGCUGGUGGAGCGGCCGGCAUUAGACAGCACAGGAGAGGCGGUGGCGGCGGCGCCAACGGCAGAUUUGACGGCAGCUGCUGAGCAGAGCAGGGCAGCGCUCCAUAAUGGCGCGGAUCCUAUGGAAACGGAUCCAGCGGGAGCGCAGCCACCGGUGUCUCAAGCGCCAUCGGCUGCAGCAGAGGACAGCAAUCAGCAGUCGCAAGAGCAGCAGCUGGAUGACCAGCAGCAGGGUGGUGCAGAGCCGCUUCCGCAGCUUCCGCACAAAAAGCGCCUCCUGCUGCAACGGGAGAAGGAGCGCACUGGACACCUUGCUAGCCUACGCCAGCUGCCAGAUGGUCAGUCUGCUGUGGGUGCGAUGGCAGACGUGGCUGCGGCUGCGGCCCCGCCGCCAAAGGCGGGUUAUCCCUCGGUCAUUCCAUCACUCGAGCCGUGGAUGCGUGCUGCAGAGUUGCCAGCCACGGAGGGCACAGCAGCCGGCACUCAGCCAAUGCAGUGGCAGCAGUGCCGCGCUGCCCGUCAGCUGCAGCCGGAGGCCGACAGCACAGUGGCCGCACCUGAUGCUGGUGGCCCAGCCGCAAUUGAUGCCGGCGCCGGACCGUCCGUGGUGCAGCGGCAGGGCGGCCGUGAUGUGGGUGGUGAUGGGGGUCAGGGCCGCGCUGGCCGCGAUGGCCUGCCGGCGUCACUCCUGGUGGUGCAGCCCCGGGCAGCGGCCGUGCGCGCUGCCGCAGCCAUUGCUGGCAGUGGCAAAGCGGCAUCCAAGGCGGCGUCGCCUAGUGGCCAAGCGCUGGCAGGUACGAAGCGGAGCGCCUCAGCCGCAUCGGAGGACGCCGGCGAGGCUCCAGCACGUAAGCGCAAGGCAUCCGAGCCCACAGGCAAACGCAGCGCUGGUGGUGCUGCAUUCUUUGCACCUGGCGGCAGCGGCGCUUCGGGGAGCCUAGCAGGCACGGCAUCGGCGGCGGCAGCGAUGCCAGGGGCGCCGCCGUCGCCCCAAGCUGCGGCGGCGGCCGAGGCGUUGACAGCACUGGGCGGCGGUGCAGGUCGCGGGCGGGGUACCGCCAGUCGCCCACCGCUGCCGGCAGGCCGCGGGGCUGGUGGCGCCGCCGGUGGCGCGGCAGCGGCGGCGGACAGGGCUGGGCCCGCUGCACGCGCUGAUGGCACUGCGAACCAGGGGCGCGGACGCGCGGCGCAGCCGGCGUCAAGGGCGAGUGGAGGCGCCGCAGGCGGUGCGGGAGGCCCAAGCGCAGCUGGUGGCUAUACCGCCGCACCGGUGCCACAGGCGCGCGCGCGGGCGGCAGCAGCGGCGGCACACGAGGAGGCGGUGUCCAACCCCAAGAAGAAGGGCACCAUUCGGCGGCCCGGUCAGAUUCCCAACGUGGUUGCGGCGGCGGCAAGCAUUCUGCUGCAGCUACAACCGGGCGUGAAGGCCUUUGAGAAGACGUUCCGGCAGGAAUUUGGCAACAACCCGGACACCAGCAAGGCACUGCGGCUGCUCAUGGAGCGCGGCCACGUGCUGCGCAGCGGCCGUGGCUUCCGUUGUGACCCGUACGGCUACACUGUGACGCAAGAAGGGCUGGACGCGGCCGAGGAGCAGCGGCGGCGCGAGCGCGAGGCGGGCGCCGACAAUUGAAUUGCUUGUACAGGCUGAGAUGGCAUAUGCAUGCUGAAACGUCCGGGUGCACUUACGAGCGUGCAGCACUGGUUAUGAGGAGGUUGGGGACUCCGGUUGCUACUAGGCCCACGGGGCUACGUAGUGUCACUUGGAAAGUAGGGCAUGAUUGUUGUGUCCCCUAGUCAUGUGUGUAGUUGGCCAGACGGGCUGGGUCCGUCUACCGUAGUUGUGCUCAACCCCGAUGGGCUAGCACGCGCAUCACCUGAUACCGUGUUAAGCAUCGUUGAUAACUGUAGCUGCCAUGGCGUCACCCCAUGCCGUCACGCUGGUAUGGACGAAUAAAUGUGCUGCACCCGUGCGUUGAUUGCACCCUAUCUAGCGUAGACAAAAGCUGCAGUGCUAUGCCUAAGCAGCAGUGGUGAUGCGUGUACUUUGCAAGUGCGGCGUGCGGCGCGGCAAUCCUCGCAAUUACCAACACUUUAACUGACACGGGGAUCACAAACGGGCUUUCGCGCAACUGCCAACGAACAGGGGCGGCGCGUGGCGUGGUGGUUGGCGCGCGGCGCGAUUGGGAACGCAUAGUUGGACAGCGAGGCGUGUGGGAAGCUGCGACAGAGCACGGCGGGGGCAUGGCGGAGGCUGAUGGUUGGCGCGCCGCGUGAGUGGAGUGCAUAGUCGUGCGCGCGCCGUUUGGGAAGCCACGUGUGUGAGCUGCGUGUAAACUCAGAGAAACGCAUGGGGCUGACCCGGUUUCCAACAUUGCCUCUGAGCGCGCACGGUUGACAUGGGACCCUCGCUUCGGUUCGGGGGCUGACGGGAAGCUGCGCGUGAGGUGGUGGGACUUGCUGGAGUGCAUGAAAAGCGCUCCGGGGCACGCGCGGGCGGGGCGCAGGCCGCAGGGGCAGCUCGCGUAAACUCGAACGAAACUCGUGGGGAAUUCGUGCAAAACUCGGGCGUAACUGGAGUGAAACUUGGGCGAUGUUCACCAAGCUGCGGCAGCGUAAAAAUGACUGCAGACUUUGAUAGUUA